AUGAAGAAGGUGCUGAGAGUAUACGGUGGCGUUUUGAGGCUAGUGCGGCUUUUGCCGGCGGACACGAGGCCGUACUACGCCAAGUACGCCAGGGAGAAUUUCGUUAAUUACCGUGAAGUCGACCAAAGCGAAACAUCCCUUGACGAACUCUUCCAACGAGCCUACAAUCACUCACUCUGGAUACUCAACAAGUAUUCGAUUGACGAAUCGAAGGCGAAUGAGUUGAAAGAGAUCUGUUUUGAAUGA